AUGCAAUCUCAGCCUCCUACGUCGACAAGCGGUGAUUCUGUUCCGUCAGUCGUCCACGUCUAUGCGUUUCCUCUCGUUUUAGAGACGCUGCUCUUCAUCCUGCAGUUGGCUCUUACCGUCUACUUCACCUGCCAACAGUGGAUGCAACGUAAGACGGUACCGGUUUUCAACGCCAAGCUGUUUGUGGCACUCGCGAUGCUCAUCUUGCUUUCCAUCCACGGGGCACUUGAAGCCUACAAUCUCCGGGAGAAGACCAAGCACCUCGCUGCUACGGCGAAUGGAAGCAAACCCGGAUGGACGGAGUCGGAUUGUAGCCAAGUGUCUCUUAUGAGCCAACAGUUUGCCCUUGCAUUAAUUUUGUUCCUCGGAGAUUGCGUAUCUCUUUGGAGGGCAUACGUAAUCUACGGGAGGCAGGGUUGGCUUCGCAUGAUCUGUAUUGGCUUUGCAGUCGCAACCUUGGCGAUGCUUCUCGUGGGCAGCGUCUUCGUGAACAACCUACUCGGUGGCGUUUCUGCUGGUAUAUGGCUACUCGUUACUUGUGCGCCUCACUUCCUCUCUACGUUCUUGAUUGCGCGAAAGACAUGGUCGUAUUGGGAAGACGUGCGAGAUUUCGCGCACCAUGCGGGCAUGCGGCACAGUAUCGCGUUACUUGUCGUCGUGAUAGAGUCGGGGGUGGUGUAUGUCUGUCUGAGCAUCCUCUACCUUGCAUUCACCAUCGGUCAACCCCGUUAUAAACUCACUCAUUCCGUUCACCAGUAUCUGGCACCGAUCUCUGCCAUUUACCCGACAAUCGUCUUGUUGCUUGUGUCCGCACGCAAGUCUAUGCUUGAGCGGCGUACCGCCGAGACGAUCCCGACCCACGACCUCAUGCGCUUCGCCGCGCCCCCUGGCUCGGGCACACCGCACGGAUUCGAAGACAACACUCUAUCAGAGGGCAUCACACUUGCGGUCAUUGGCAACCUUGAUGCGCGAUGCAACGAAUCCCAUCCAAUGCUCGAUGUCCAAUUCGGUUCUCCUGUCGACUUGGCAGGGGAACUCAUGGGCACCAGUGUCCAGGAAUACAACGCACAGGCUGCGGGGCCCGCUUCGAGCGCAAAGGACGCCCAGGAGGCGAUGGUAACAGGCUCUCCACGCCAUUCGAGGGUGAUCGGUGAGGACGAACGCUUGACCACACCUCAGUCUAAAUGA